AUGGUCGGUCAAGUACUUGAUAAAGAUUUCCUCUGGGGGUUCGCUACUGCUUCGUAAGUACUAGUGUUUCUGAAUACAAGAACAAGUAAUAACACUCUUAGCUACCAAAUCGAAGGAGCCCCCGCGGAAGACGGCCGUGGCCCCUCAAUCUGGGACAAGUUCUGUAAAAUCCCAGGCAAAAUCGCAGAUGCCUCCUCGGGAGACGUAGCCUGCGACUCCUACCACCGAACCGGCGAAGACAUCGCCCUCCUCAAAGAAACUGGCGCAAAAGGUUACCGCUUCUCCAUUUCCUGGUCGCGUGUCAUUCCCCUAGGUGGACGGAACGACCCCGUCAACCCUGCUGGUCUCGCCUUCUAUGUGAAAUUCGUGGAUGACCUCCUAGCUGCUGGUAUCAUUCCCAUGGUCACGCUUUUCCACUGGGAUCUACCACAGGAGUUGGAUGAUAGGUAUGGAGGGCUGCUGAAUAAGGAGGAGUGGGUACAGGAUUACGCGAAUUAUGCGAGGGUGUUGUUUACUGCGCUGCCGAAGGUUAAGUGGUGGAUUACGUUCAAUGAGCCGUGGUGUAGUUCGGUUUUGGGAUAUAGUACUGGAUUGUUUGCUCCGGGUCAUACGAGUUAUAGGGAGAAGUCGAGUGUGGGCGAUAGUAGUACGGAGCCUUGGAUUGUGGGACAUAACUUUUUGGUUGCGCAUGGGACGGUGGUUAAGAUUUAUAGAGAGGAGUUUAAACCGAAAAAUGGGGGACAGAUUGGUAUUACUCUUAAUGGUAAGUCUCGGUUCCACUCCUUUUUUUCAAGCUUAUAUCUCGCUAAUACAAAUCCAGGAGACGGCGUCUACCCCUGGGACCCAAACGACCCCCUCGACGUCGAAGCCGCAAACCGCAAACUAGAAUUCAGCAUCUCCUGGUUCGCAGACCCCAUCUACCUAGGCACCUACCCCUCAUCCAUGAAAAAGCAACUCGGCUCCCGCCUCCCAACCUUCACCUCUGAAGAAAUCGCCUUGGUAAAAGGCUCCAACGACUUCUAUGGCAUGAACCACUACACGGCAAAUUACAUAAAACAUCGCACCACGCCCGCGCCGUUAGAUGACUUCAAAGGAAACCUCGACAUGACCUUCAUCUCCAAGUCCGGAGAAUGCAUCGGGCCCGAAACGCAAUCCUUCUGGCUUCGGCCCAACCCCCAGGGUUUCCACGAUUUGCUACUCUGGAUAUCGAAGCGGUACGACUACCCCACAAUCUACUGCACGGAAAAUGGUACGAGUGUGAAAGGCGAAGGGGACUUGCCAUUAGAGGAGAUUCUGGAUGAUGAGUUUAGAUGUGAGUACUACCGUGGAUACAUUGAGGCCCUGGCGCAGGCUGUAGAGGAUGGUGCGAAUGUGAAGGGGUACAUGGCUUGGAGUUUGAUGGAUAACUUUGAGUGGGCGGAGGGAUAUGAGACUAGGUUUGGUAGUACGUAUGUGAAUUAUGAGGGCGGACAGAAGAGAUACCUUAAAAAGAGUGGGAAGACUGUGGGUCCUACUUUUGAGAAGUAUAUCAAGAAGGAUUAGGGAACAGGAAUAGAACGGGCGCGUGUGGAUGGGAAUGGUCUAAGAGAGCACUAAAUUUUUGGAUAGAGGAGGUCUGGUCAAAGAAGUUUGUUCUUUUGAUUCACGAUUUUAUGACAAUUCAAUUGUCCAAAAAUGAAGACGAUAC